GUAUAUACGACAUAACGUUGUUAGGGAUCAUUUGAUCACUCCAUGGGAUAUCUAAUGGGAUGAUUUUAUCCCUCCUUCCCCGUAUGAUAAUAGUCCACUAUUUUAUAAUUUUCGUUCCAAAUUUUUUAAUUUAAUUUUUUAUUUUACUUGUCUUUUUUUAUUAAUCAAGAAGAGAUAGUUUUUUUUUCUUCAUAUUUUAUCUUUUACAUUAAUUACUUUUUCUUCAAAUUAAAAUAUCAAUAUUAUUUACUAAGGGUAUUAUGAUAAACUAGAUAUAUUAUUAAUUAUUUUUUUUUAACAAUUUGCCAUCUCAUUUGAGACAGAGGGAGUAGAAAUAAUGAGAUAAAUAAUCUUAAAAUUAAGUAAUAUUUUAUAUCAAACAUCGAAUAAAAUCAAUUUCAAACUUUAUUUAGAAAUUAUUUUUCUUAUCGAUUCUGCCAAACGCCCCUUCAGCAUAUAUACCUUAAAUUCUGUUUAAAAUGUUAGCGAAUAUAUAGACGUAAAACUGCAAAUUAGUGGGGAUUUAUAAGACCUAAAUAAUCGCUUAGCAAAAGUAAUUUAGUAGUUUAAUUUAAAGAGGAAGAAGAGUGCUGCAUUAAAUCAUUCCCUGAGCUCAGAAAAAAAACGUAACAUUUUUACUGUUUCAUAUUUUCGAAAUGGCGAAUGUUUGUCCGAUUCCAAGCGAUUCAUACAAAGUGGGGUUUAUAGGAGCUGGUAAAAUGGCUGAAAGCAUAGCUAGAGGUGUGGUUAAAUCCGGAAUAUUGCCUGCUUCACGUAUUCGAACAGCCCACUCUGGAUCAGCUCGUCGUACUGCUUUUGAGUCUAUUGGGGUUACUGUUUUUGAUAAUAAUACUCAGGUGGCUGAAGAUAGUGAUGUAAUUAUAUUCUCUGUGAAGCCUCAAGUGGUGAAAAAUGUGGUGUCACAGUUAAGGCCAAUCCUUUCAGAGAAGCAGCUUUUGGUGUCAGUUGCUGCUGGUGUUAAGUUAAAUGAUCUGCAGGAAUGGGCAGGUCAAGACCGAUUUAUUAGGGUGAUGCCAAACACUCCCUCUGCUGUUGGUGAAGCUGCCACAGUCUUUACUUUGGCGGGAAAGGCAACAGCAGAAGAUGGAGAAUUAAUUUCCCAGUUAUUCGGAGCUAUUGGUAAGGUGUGGAAAGCUGAUGAGAAGCUGUUUGAUGCAAUUACAGGCUUAAGUGGUAGUGGACCAGCCUAUGUUUUUCUAGCUAUAGAGGCAUUGGCUGAUGGAGGGGUGGCUGCUGGUCUACCUAGGGAGCUUGCACUUGGACUAGCCUCUCAAACUGUGCUAGGAGCAGCAUCAAUGGUUUCUGGUAUGGGCAAGCAUCCUGGUCAACUUAAAGAUGAUGUUGCAUCACCUGGUGGUACAACCAUUGCUGGAAUUCAUGAGUUGGAGAAGUCUGGAUUUCGAGGUAUCUUGAUGAAUGCAGUUGUUGCUGCAGCUAAACGAAGUCGAGAGCUUUCGCAGAAUUAAUCUAAUUAGAUCUUAGGGUCAUGGUGAACCAGCCGGAAGCUGCUAUAUAUGUCAAGCAGAGUUUUGAAGUGCCAGAUUAUAAAGUGAAAAGAUACAGAGGUUUUCUUGAGCAGAAUAACGCACUGUAUCUUUUUAAUCUUUUGGACCAACAUGCCUGCAUUUAGUAAAGAGGACGUGGCACAAUCACUAUAAAUAAGCAUUAUUUAUGGUUAUUAGCAGACUAUAUAUUUUCUGCUACUAGCUUGUUAUAUAUGAACAUCAAUCAUUAAUAAUUAUUUCAGAGCAGAAGAAAAUUCGAGAAAA